AAAAAGAGAGGUCAAAAGGUUUCAUUGAGAUUGAGAAUUGUGGAAAAUUAAAAAUUAUAAUUAAAAUUAAAAAUUAAAAAUUAAAAAGGGAAAAGAAAAAAAAAAAAAAAAAAAAAGAAAGAAAGAAAAAAGGAAAAAAGGAAAGGGAAUUGAUUGGUAUCGAUCAUGUGGUUAAACCAUGGUUUUCUGGCCCUAGCUUCCGGUAACAGUGCCCUUCUCUUGAGGCGCGGCUCAGCCGGUAGCCGGUCGGAAGCCAACUCUUUACGCAACCUUUGAAGAUUCUGCCAAUCCAGCGUUAAUGGCGGCUCCAAGGAAUCUGGCGCUGAGAGACGAAGAGAAGGCGGACAUGAACAAUCCGGCGACAAAGAAGAUGAAAUUCGAGAAAUAUCCUUUCUCACGGUGGGGAUUGACGGUGGCGCUGGGCAGUUUUUUAGUCUACUCCGCCGCGCUCCUCUGCAUUUACCGUACAAUGCCGCCCGCCGAUUUCAAAUAUAUUAAGCUUCCACGUUCACUCGCCGAUCUUCGAAUGCUCAAAGAUCAUCUUGGAAGCUACGCCAAGGAUCACCCUGGACGGUUCGUACUGGGUUAUUGUUCCACCUACAUAUUUAUGCAAACUUUUAUGAUACCUGGAACAGUUUUCUUGUCAUUGUUGGGUGGAGCUCUUUUUGGAGUUGUUAGAGGCCUUAUUUUAGUCGUUUUCAAUGCUACGGCAGGAGCUACUGCUUGUUUUUUUCUCUCCAACUUAAUUGGUAGACCUUUUGUUUCUUGGAUGUGGCCUGAAAAAUUGAAAAAUUUCCAAUCUGAGAUAGCCAAGCAAAGAGAAAAGCUGCUUAAUUACAUGAUCUUUCUCAGGAUAACACCAACACUACCUAACAUUUUCAUAAACUUGGCAUCGCCCAUUGUCAAUAUACCUUUUCAUGUUUUCCUUUUGGCUACGCUCAUUGGUCUUGUUCCAUCGUCGUACAUCAUGGUCAGAGCUGGUCUUGCUCUUGGGGAUCUCAAAUCUGUCAAGGAUUUAUAUGAUUUCAAAACCUUGACUCUACUUUUCUUCAUUGGUUCUUUGUCAAUACUUCCCACUCUUCUAAAGCGAAAGCAAACCUAUGAAUGAAGAAGAUUCUACAUACAUGAUUCCUUAUUUUUUUUUUUCUUUCUUUUUACCAAUUCUAGUUCUAUAACCAUAAUUUAUUAGAGGAUGUAGACAAAGAUUGGAGAAUUUAAGUCAAAUUAUGGUAGAGAUGUGAGAGAUUCAA